UCCUGCAUUUCUCGCGAUGAAAGCUCCGAGACUCGAGAAUUCAUCCUGGGACGGCGCGGACUAGAUAGAGCCGGGUGGGCAGGAGAGGCUCGUCCGGGCUCGGCCCACACCCAGAGCCUGGCUCUCAUAAAUCUCCUUUGCCCAAAUCAGGUGUCAUUUGUACAACAAAACUGAAAAGUCACGCCAUAAGAAUCUUUCACUGACUGGAUCCAACUUCUGGCCGAAGGAGCGGUCUUGCGCCGCAGCCAGCGACCCAGAAUUUGCACUCGCGCAGUUCAAACCCCCGCCAAUCGCGCAGGCGCACAGCUCACGGAGCUGCCCCCGCCCCUUAGGCGCGGAGGAUGCUGGGAUCGCCGGAGACGGAAAUUGCUUUUUCCGACUCGAGUUUGCCAGUGUAGAUUUCGUCUCCCGCUUUGUGAUUCGAGUUAAGAGGUCCAGAAACCUUCGGCCAAGAUGUACGACGCCGACGAGGAUAUGCAAUAUGAUGAGGAUGAUGAUGAAAUCACUCCAGAUUUGUGGCAAGAAGCAUGCUGGAUUGUGAUCAGUUCUUAUUUUGAUGAAAAAGGCUUGGUUAGACAACAGCUGGAUUCCUUUGAUGAGUUUAUUCAGAUGUCCGUUCAAAGAAUUGUGGAAGAUGCGCCACCGAUUGACCUACAGGCUGAAGCUCAGCACGCCAGUGGAGAAGUUGAAGAGCCGCCAAGAUAUUUACUGAAAUUUGAACAAAUUUAUCUCUCCAAACCUACUCAUUGGGAAAGAGACGGUGCCCCUUCACCAAUGAUGCCGAAUGAAGCCAGGCUAAGAAAUCUCACGUACUCGGCUCCUCUUUAUGUUGACAUAACAAAGACAGUCAUUAAAGAAGGCGAAGAGCAGCUGCAGACUCAGCACCAGAAAACCUUCAUAGGGAAAAUCCCAAUUAUGCUGCGCUCGACCUACUGCCUGCUGAAUGGCUUGACAGACCGUGACCUGUGUGAGCUGAACGAGUGUCCUUUGGAUCCUGGUGGCUACUUCAUUAUUAAUGGAUCAGAAAAGGUUCUCAUAGCUCAAGAGAAAAUGGCAACAAACACAGUCUAUGUGUUUGCCAAAAAGGAUUCCAAAUACGCCUAUACAGGAGAGUGUCGAUCAUGUCUGGAGAAUUCUUCCCGACCCACCAGUACCAUAUGGGUUAGCAUGCUGGCAAGAGGAGGACAGGGUGCGAAGAAGAGUGCUAUUGGCCAGCGCAUCGUGGCAACUUUGCCAUACAUCAAACAGGAAGUUCCCAUCAUAAUCGUGUUCAGAGCAUUGGGCUUUGUGUCUGAUAGAGAUAUUUUAGAACAUAUCAUUUAUGACUUUGAAGAUCCAGAGAUGAUGGAAAUGGUUAAACCAUCUCUCGAUGAAGCAUUUGUCAUCCAAGAACAGAAUGUGGCCUUAAACUUCAUUGGUUCAAGAGGGGCAAAGCCUGGUGUUACUAAGGAGAAAAGAAUUAAAUAUGCAAAAGAAGUCUUACAGAAAGAAAUGCUGCCUCAUGUUGGUGUUAGUGAUUUCUGUGAGACCAAAAAAGCCUAUUUCUUGGGGUAUAUGGUUCAUAGGUUACUUCUAGCAGCUUUGGGUAGAAGAGAACUAGAUGACAGAGAUCACUAUGGAAACAAAAGAUUGGAUCUUGCUGGACCUCUACUUGCAUUCUUAUUUAGAGGAAUGUUUAAGAAUUUGCUGAAAGAAGUACGAAUAUAUGCACAGAAGUUUAUUGAUCGUGGAAAGGACUUUAACUUGGAGUUGGCAAUUAAAACACGGAUCAUAUCUGAUGGACUGAAAUACUCUUUAGCCACUGGGAACUGGGGGGACCAGAAGAAAGCUCAUCAAGCCAGAGCUGGAGUGUCCCAGGUAUUGAACCGCCUGACUUUUGCGUCUACUCUUUCUCAUCUGCGUCGGUUAAAUUCUCCGAUUGGUAGAGAUGGCAAGCUAGCGAAGCCAAGACAGUUGCAUAAUACGUUGUGGGGAAUGGUGUGUCCUGCUGAGACCCCAGAGGGCCAUGCUGUAGGACUGGUGAAGAAUUUAGCCCUGAUGGCUUACAUUUCAGUUGGAUCUCAACCUUCUCCAAUUUUGGAAUUCUUAGAAGAAUGGAGCAUGGAAAAUUUAGAAGAAAUUUCUCCUGCAGCUAUUGCCGAUGCAACUAAGAUUUUUGUUAAUGGCUGCUGGGUUGGAAUCCAUAAAGAUCCUGAACAACUCAUGAACACUCUAAGGAAGUUACGGCGUCAGAUGGACAUCAUUGUAUCUGAAGUUUCUAUGAUUAGAGAUAUUCGAGAACGGGAGAUUCGGAUCUAUACAGAUGCAGGCCGUAUCUGUAGACCACUUCUGAUUGUGGAAAAACAAAAGCUGCUUUUGAAGAAGAGACACAUUGACCAGUUGAAAGAGAGAGAAUAUAACAACUACAGCUGGCAGGAUCUGGUGGCCAGUGGGGUGGUAGAAUAUAUUGAUACCCUGGAAGAAGAAACCGUGAUGCUUGCAAUGACUCCAGAUGAUUUACAAGAGAAAGAAGUAGCUUACUGCUCCACAUACACCCACUGUGAGAUUCAUCCGUCAAUGAUUCUUGGCGUCUGUGCAUCUAUUAUUCCUUUUCCUGAUCAUAACCAGUCUCCUAGAAACACAUACCAGUCUGCUAUGGGUAAGCAGGCUAUGGGAGUUUAUAUCACCAACUUCCAUGUUCGGAUGGACACCUUGGCCCAUGUUCUCUAUUAUCCUCAGAAACCACUUGUGACUACGCGUUCUAUGGAAUAUCUACGCUUUAGAGAGCUGCCAGCAGGAAUCAACUCAAUUGUGGCUAUUGCUUCAUACACGGGCUAUAAUCAAGAAGACUCGGUUAUCAUGAAUCGUUCAGCUGUGGAUCGAGGCUUUUUCAGGUCUGUUUUCUACCGAUCAUACAAAGAACAGGAGUCUAAAAAAGGAUUUGAUCAAGAAGAAGUGUUUGAGAAGCCGACCCGUGAGACAUGCCAGGGUAUGAGGCAUGCCAUUUACGACAAGUUGGAUGAUGAUGGCUUGAUAGCUCCAGGGGUUCGUGUAUCGGGAGAUGAUGUCAUCAUAGGCAAAACAGUCACCCUGCCUGAGAACGAGGAUGAGCUGGAGAGCACCAACCGACGCUACACCAAGAGAGACUGCAGCACCUUCCUCAGGACCAGCGAGACAGGCAUUGUGGACCAGGUUAUGGUAACUCUCAACCAGGAAGGAUAUAAAUUUUGUAAAAUAAGGGUACGCUCCGUUAGAAUUCCACAGAUUGGAGACAAAUUCGCUAGCCGACAUGGUCAGAAAGGCACUUGUGGUAUUCAGUAUAGACAAGAGGAUAUGCCUUUCACCUGUGAAGGCAUCACUCCUGAUAUCAUCAUAAACCCCCACGCCAUCCCCUCUCGGAUGACCAUUGGUCACUUGAUUGAAUGUCUUCAAGGGAAGGUCUCGGCUAACAAAGGUGAAAUUGGUGAUGCCACUCCAUUUAAUGAUGCUGUCAAUGUGCAGAAGAUUUCCAAUCUUUUAUCUGAUUAUGGCUACCAUCUCAGAGGAAAUGAGGUACUCUACAAUGGAUUCACUGGUCGAAAAAUCACAUCACAGAUUUUUAUUGGCCCCACUUACUACCAGCGUUUGAAGCACAUGGUGGAUGACAAAAUUCAUUCUCGAGCUCGGGGACCUAUUCAGAUCCUUAACAGACAGCCCAUGGAGGGCAGAUCUCGUGAUGGUGGCCUGCGUUUUGGAGAAAUGGAACGAGAUUGUCAGAUUGCCCAUGGUGCAGCACAGUUUUUAAGAGAAAGGUUGUUUGAGGCAUCAGAUCCAUAUCAAGUUCAUGUUUGUAAUCUUUGUGGAAUAAUGGCAAUUGCUAACACUAGAACUCAUACAUACGAAUGCAGGGGCUGCCGAAACAAAACCCAGAUUUCUUUGGUGCGAAUGCCUUACGCGUGCAAACUGUUAUUCCAGGAGCUUAUGUCCAUGAGCAUCGCGCCGCGCAUGAUGAGCAUCUAGUCCUGUGGGCUCACGGCGAGACGCUGUAAAUAUCACUGUGGGACACUCACAGCGAGACACUGUAAAUAUCAGUGUCUUGUUUCUGCGAU